AUGGCAGCAGUAGCAGAAACAUUCGACAUCAUAAUCCUAGGAGCAUCGGGGUUCACAGGCAAACAUGUUCUCAAACAAGCUCUCAAAUUCCUCAACAAAAACAAUUUCAACUCCAUAGCCAUAGCUGGUCGAAACCCAUCCAAAUUAACCCAAACCCUUAACUGGGCAACCCGACCCGAUCCACCACCUUCAAUUCCAAUUCUCGUCGCCGACACAACCGACCCACUUUCCCUCCGUUCACUCUGCCAACAAACCCGUCUCAUACUCAACUGCGUCGGCCCCUUCCGCCUCCACGGCGAGCCCGUCGUGGCGGCAUGCGUCGAAACGGGUUGUGAUUACUUGGAUAUAACGGGCGAGGGUGAGUUUAUGGAUCGGGUCGAAAUUGGGUAUCAUGAAAAAGGUGUAAAGAAUGGUUCUUUGAUUGUUCCAGCUUGUGGGUUUGACUGUGUUCCUGCUGAGAUUGGUUUGUUGUUUCAUUUGAAACAGUGGGCUGGUGAGUGUUUGCCGAAUAGGGUUGAGGCUUUUUUGAAAGUUGAGUCGGAGAGAAAGGUUGUUGGUAAUUUUGGUACAUUUGAAUCUGCUGUUUUGGCUAUUGCUGAUUUGAAGGAGAUGAAACAAAGAAGGGAUGCACAAGCAAUCAAAAGAGCAAAACCUGUGAUUCCAGGUCCUCUUCCUAAAGGAAAAACAAUAGAACACCAGAAGAAAAUUGGCCUAUGGGGAAUAACGCUACCUUCAGCAGAUGCAACUUCUGUAGGAAAAACAUUUUCGGUUCUAACAGAAAACCCUAACGGUCUCCCAGGAUUGAACGAGAGUCUCGAAACGAUUGAGAAAAAGAAAGUCUUCUGGUCAUCUAUGAAGCCGGUACAUUUUGGUGUGAAGUUAGGCUCAAAAACUUUGUUAGGCAUUUUCGGGUACAUCGCAUUUGGCAUAAUCCUAGGUCUUUUCGGAAGCUUCAGUUUUGGAAGACGGCUUCUUUUGAAAUAUCCUUCGAUCUUUAGCUUAGGUGGUUUCAGCAAGAACGGUCCUUCUGAAGAGGAAAUCGAAAGUUGUUCAUUCAAGAUGUGGUUUGUUGGACACGGUUUUAGCAGCAAUGAGAAACUUGCUGCAAACGGAAACUCAAAACCCGACAUGGAAGUUAUAACGAGAAUAACCGGACCCGAAUUGGGUUAUGUAACUACUCCAAUAAUUAUGAUUCAGUGUGCUCUUAUUGUUCUUAGCCAAAGGAAUAAUCUACCAAAGGGAGGAGUUUACAGUCCCGGCAUUGUGUUCGGUUCAACUGAUUUGCAAGAAAGACUUCAACAAAAUGGAAUAUCUUUCGACGUCGUUUCGAAAAGUAAGAUAUCUUCUUGA